AUGGACCUGCUUGCGGAGAUGCAUAAAAGGGACAAAAAAGUAAGUCCAUUUUUUAUAGGACUCCUACUUGUAAAAAGAUAUUUCUGUACUUUACCUUAUUCAUUCACAAUUACUCUUAUGUAUUUUUGUUCUUCCACCAUGAAACCUUGUACUAGAGGUUUAUCUACAAAUCUUAAAGCUCCAAUCUUGAUUUUCAACAACUCAAAAACAGCUUCAUUUGUGAAAUGGGCACCUUUGUUUAAGCUUUCUGGUUUUAAUCUUCCAGUUGUUGCUUUAUCUACUGCUCGAUGUAGUCAUUCUACGGUACAUGCUCCAUCAUCACCAGUUAUUCAAUCGGAUUCUAAUACAAGUGUGCUUCAUAUUACUGAAGAAAAAUUUAAAGGGGUAGAAGAAAACCUAGAAAAGGUGAUUUAUAGCUGUAGGUUUUUUGCAAUUCUUGCAGUGUGGGGUUCCUUGAUUGGAUCUUUUCUUUGUUUUAUAAAGGGUUGCUCAUGUGUGAUAACAUCAUUCCAAGGGUACUUUGCAAGCCGAGCUAACGUUAUUGUGCAUCUUGUCGAAGCUAUAGAUACAUACCUGUUGGGAACAGUUAUGUUAGUCUUCGGUAUGGGUCUCUAUGAGCUCUUCAUCAGCAACCUUGACAAAGGAAAAUCAUUUUCAGGGGAGACAUUUCCAAAUAGAUCAAAUCUCUUCGGCAUGUUCACUCUGAAGGAACGACCGAGAUGGUUGGAAAUAACUACUGUGAGCGGGCUGAAAACCAAAAUCGGGCAUGUUAUCGUGAUGCUUCUUCUCAUCGGUUUGUUUGACAAGAGCAAGAGGGCUGUUAUACAUUCACCAUUUGAUCUACUUUGCUUUGCAGCUUCUGUGCUUCUUUGCUCUGGCUGCCUCUAUCUGCUUUCAAGACUCACCGAUGAGAACUAAGUAUUUUAUUUUAUAGAUAUUUUGCAGUCUACAAUUCCUAAUGGAAUGCUGUGGUAUGAAUUACUACAAGUUCUUGCACACGUACAUAUUUCUAUGUAAAAAGGAGCAGCUCCCGCUAUGCAUGAAGUCCGAGGAAGGAUCAGACCACAAGGAUCUAUUGUUCCUAUGUAAUAUUACACAAAUGCAUUGUAUAAUAUAAACAUAUUUUGUCUGAAAAUUAAAGCUCUCUUUUAUUUU